GUUCGAGUCACUGACCCACGUGUGUCGACGGCGAGCGUUGAUUUCUUCAUUCUCGACAUGCCAACGCCACUCUGCCGACCCAUUGGCAAUAUAUAAGCAUUCAGCUCUUCGCCCUUGGCUUUUCUUGGCUGCUUCGGCCAAGACCUCUUCUUUUACUCUUGUUAUUGUCGUUGGACCUUUCUUCCUCGGGGUAGUUCCUCUUCUGGCCCAAGCCAACCCGCAUUGGAGAUAUGGGAUGGACGUGUUGUAUGUUGGACGAGGUGAUUUGCUGGAAUCACUACUUUUAUGGGAUGAUCUCGAGCUUGGAGAGUGUUUGACCAUGGCGGACUUGUUCAAUCACGGCGGGACUAUGUUCGUUAUGUGUGGAUAUCGACUUCUGUCUGGUUCAUCCAGAAGCUCUGAAAGUGGGAGACACUCGAGGAGAACUCAACGCCGAGCUCAAGAAACUUGACCGAGUGGUCAAUAUCUUGAGCUUCAAGGCCAGAUAUACCUACGGUGGAUAUACCUGCAGUCUUCCCAAUGGGGCAGACCUCAGGUGACACGUCUGCGAGGAAGCCCCCCAAGCGUUCAAAACGAGACAAGCAGUAAGUAUCAUUGUCCAAUCUUCUUUCCAAACCCCUUUCGGCUGUUCACAGGAAUUGCACUCACUGCCACAUCACUGUCACGCGCCUUCAGCCCUCAAUGAUUCAAGGGUUUCCAUGCAAUCAUGUUCGUUGCAGAAGCGAAGCACGUUCACCAUCCCACGCUUCUUGACGUCCAAUGUUACUUCCAGCCUUCUCUGGAGGAGUCGAUCGAGAUGUUGGUGGGUGAACGGUACCUGACCUACCAAUCCUUCUCUUCCUAUUCCUUUUCCCCUGGACUCCACUUCCCCAAGGGUUCACGGUCUUGUCAUUACGGUCUUGUUCGACAAAAGAUCACUAGCAUGAUAUGCACUCGCCACGCGCCGAGCACGCCCAGAACCGAAAACGAUGAAGAUUCCUCCACCACGGCGGGCAUGCCCAGAAGCAGUUAACAACAGCGUUCGUACCACCACCACGGCCACCACCACUAUUCUCACACCAUCUCGUUCACCUCACCUCUUUGCCACACCGUUAAUGUGUGUGGGGCAAGCGAAUAUGCAGCAGUUAGGUCCUUGGCUGGCGAACACCAAGAAACAUUCACAUCCUGAGAUACCACACACGUGUGCCCGACCCUUGGAUGGGAUCGCCUCCCAUACGCAUUCCGUUGGUUUUCGACGGGACGUACCUGUUGCAACCUUGCUGCAGUACUCUAUGCACGAACAAUCCAUCCCGCGCAGUCUUGUAUAUCCUACAUAUAGGACCCAACCAUGGAAACCAUCCGAGCCCAAUCCUGUCUUCUCUUCAGCACCAAGCCGCUCACCAAACAAAAGAAAACAACCAGAGCAAGCUCAAGAGCUUCUCUUAGAGACGCUCGCGUGCCUUCCCUCACGCGACCAACUACCCUCUUUUCCUCAUUGUUUUGGUUGAAGCAACAUAUCGUUCAAGAUGGUUCUCCAUCAGUUCGAUUAUCUCCUUGCCAUCGGCACCAUCUUUGCUGCCCUUGAUGCUUGGAACAUUGGAGCCAACGAUGUUGCCAACUCCUGGGCCACCUCGGUCGCCGCCCGCUCCGUCACCUACCUCCAAGCCAUGAUCCUUGGCUCCAUCAUGGAAUUCGCCGGUUCUGUUGGCGUGGGUGCCCGCGUAGCCGACACCAUCCGCACUAAAGUCGUCGACACCACUCUCUUUGCCGAUGACCCGGCCCUCCUGAUGCUGGGCAUGGUCUGCGCCGUCGUUGCCUCCUCCAUCUACCUCACCAUGGCCACCCGCUUCGGCCUACCCGUCUCUACCACACACUCCAUCAUGGGUGGUGUCAUCGGCAUGGGCAUCGCGGCUGUCGGUGCCGACGGCGUCCAAUGGGUCGGCUCGAGCAUCAACGAUGGCGUGGUAUCGGUCUUCCUGGCCUGGGUCAUCGCGCCCGGCCUCGCCGGCGCCUUCGCGUCCAUCAUCUUCCUCGUCACCAAGUACGGCGUGCUGCUCCGUUCGAACCCGGUCUACAAGGCUUUCGUUAUGGUGCCCAUCUAUUUUGGUAUCACCGCGGCGCUGCUCUGCAUGCUCCUGCUGUGGAAGGGCGGCAGCUACAAGGUGACGUUAACCAACCCGGAGAUUGCGGGCACCAUCAUCGGUGUCGGCGCCGCCUGGGCCUUGCUAGUCACCAUCUUUUUGAUGCCUUGGCUUUACCGCAUCGUCAUCCUCGAGGACUGGCAGCUCCGUUUCUGGCACAUCCCUCUCGGCCCCCUCCUUCUCCGUCGCGGAGAGGUGCCUCCCCCGCCUGCGGACGGCUCCGGUGUCGUCCAGGAUUUCUAUGCCGGUCGCUUGACAAAGGAGCAACUCGCCGCCCGCCGCGCCGCUCAAAACGGUGACUCGGAAAUGGCCGCCGGUGCCGUCACAUCCUCCACCUCCAACCCCUCGGCUCCCACCGACGGCGAAAAGGGGGCCACCAUCACCAAGGACGACUCCUCCUACUCGCACGACCAUUCUGAGCCCGCCCAAGCCGCCCAACCCCAAAUCAAGACCAUGGUCGGCCCUCGCCCUGCUGGUCCCUGGCACUCGGGCGCCGUUCUCUUCUGGUACGUCAAGUGGGCCUUGUUCCGCGGCGUCGACCAAGACGUCCUCUCCUCGCAGCAAGAAAAAUCCGUCAUCUCGUCCGACGUUGAAGAACUCCACGCGCACGCGACGCACUACGACAACAAGACCGAGUACAUGUACUCCUUUUUGCAAAUCAUGACGGCAGCCGCCGCCUCUUUCACGCACGGCGCCAACGACAUUGCCAACGCGAUUGGCCCUUAUGCGACUGUUUUCCAGCUCUGGAAGGACGGCGCGCUUCCCGAGAAGGGCAAGGCGGAUGUUCCCGUGUGGAUUUUGGUGUUUGGUGCUUCCUGCUUGGUGAUUGGCCUGUGGACGUAUGGGUAUAACAUCAUGAGGAACUUGGGCAACCGGAUUACGUUGCAGAGUCCGAGCAGAGGGUUUUCGAUGGAGUUGGGGAGCGCGGUGACGGUUAUUUUGGCUACUCGGUUGAAGCUGCCUGUGUCGACUACGCAGUGUAUUACGGGCGCUACUGUCGGUGUUGGUCUUUGCUCGGGCACGUGGAGGACCAUCAACUGGCGCCUUGUGGCUUGGAUCUACAUGGGCUGGUUCAUCACUCUGCCUGUUGCAGGCAUCAUUUCGGGAUGUUUGAUGGGUAUCAUUAUCAAUGCUCCUCGCUGGGGGUAUAGUGGCUGAAUGCACGCUGUGGGGUGGAUGUCGGAAUAGAGGUGCCGCUCGACAGAAAAAAGAGGAGUGGGUGUGACCAAGGAUGGAUGGAAAAGAAUUGGAACUGUCCAGAAUUUGUGUUCUAUUCCUUCAAACCACGUCGCCGCAGGUGGUUACGUAGUAGAUAGCUGUUGCUUGUUUUGUGCUAUUUUGUGAGGCUGUUAUACCCCAGGUAGUACGCUAUUCUGAAAUCCAUAUCAACCAAACGCUAAUUGAGAACAUGAACAUGGCAAGCUCCUAGUGCUCUUCAUCACCAAUUUCUGUUCCUUGCCAGCUUUCAAUCAUCGAUGUAAUCAUAAUCUUAAAGCAGGAGCCUCCGGAGUGAAGGCCACCCGUAGGACUUGGGCGUGCUCUCAUCGGAUGGGGGAGUGCUGUCAUCAUAGCGCUUCGAGCCAAGCCUGGGAGGCAAGGAUUUGAUCCACAAAACCCUUUCCAUACCCGGCUGUAUCUCGCUCAACUUGCUGUUCAGACAAUGGAUUUCAGCCAUAAUGCGUGGACACGGGCACCUUCGUUGGAAGCCCAACAAAUUUACUCGUUGGGAGUCAUUCUUUUUCAAGAACGUCUCCUCCGGCCCCUUCCAUGGUUCUUCCCUGAAAGCCGAUGCGACCAGAUAAUCGAAGCCUCUCUCCCACAAGUGUUGCUCAGCCUGUUU